AUGCCACACACACACAGCACUUACACCAGUCGCAUUUGGUGUAUUUUCGAGAUCUAUACCGCGGUUUGUUUGGACAAACCGAUUACUUUGAUCAUGCCUGAAGUCCGGGUAGAUCAACGGGUCGAAAAGCUCGAGGAGUUGAUCCACAUUUGUCGAGUGGAUGCUGCAGAAGCCACCGCUUCUAUCACGUCCGAUGAGGAGAAGAUCAAGAAACAUAUUCUGAACACCCACGGAAGUUUCAAUCAGGUGAACGAGAUUGUACAAGAAAAAUUGUGGACCGAACUCAUCAAGAUCAAAUCAACUCCAGACACUCUGGCGUUCCGCCAUUCUUCCUCCAGGCUCGACCCUCCCGUGUCCAGAACGAAUCGCUCAUCCCAUGAAGGCUGCCACGUGCAGUGA